UGUUUCGCAGCAAUGUGACCAAGAUGUCUGCGAAGUAAAAAAACUUGCUCACGAGUAUACUGUCAAAGAUAAUUGUGACACAUUAUCGCGCUCAUCGCCAUACAAGUUUAGUGAACGUCGCGUCAAAGUGUGUUGUUUCGUCACGUUCUACUUGUGAAACAUCUUGCUGCGACACCGACAAGAUGUCCGAUUAUUUCACGGAAAUGGGCUGGACGCCUCUGAGCGACGGAGAAACGCCAAAUCAUUUGAUUCAAAUGGCGCGGUUCCUGCGGGAUUCUGGCAUGUGGGACUUGCUCGGACAAGACAAACUUCCGCCGCCGGCCUCAAAAUCGGUGGUAAAAAAUUUGCCGGAAGUCAAGAUCGAACGUGCUGACCCAAAACAGUGUCCGGUUUGCUUGAAGCAGUUUGAGGCGAAUGAUAAAGCGAAUUUGAUGCCUUGCCAUCACAUGUUUCAUCAAGAAUGUAUAUUACCUUGGUUGGAAAAGACCAAUUCGUGUCCGCUUUGUCGUUACGAGUUGCCGACGGAUGACGAAGAGUACGAAAUGUACAGAAAGGAGAAGAAACGAGCGGUCGAGAGAGAAAAAGAUUUGGAAGCUCUACAUAAUUCGAUGUUUUCUUAGAAAAUAGAUGUAAAUAAACUCUCACAAUUUUUUUUUGUCACAUUGUCUUCGUUUUUAUUAUAAAAUAUAUAACAACACAUCAGUCUUACAAAAAAAAUAGCCUAUUUAAUAUGAUAUCGUGUAAAGAAGAGAAAAAAUAUAAGAAACUGAAAGU